AUGAAGACAAGAUGCACGGUGAUAAAGCUGAAUCUGCAGUUCCACGAAGAGUCUGCCAUCUUCUCAGUGGACACAAUGGAGAAAGAUGGAAAAACAAUCAUUGCAACAGCAGGCGGCGAUAAGGCAGUGCGUCUGUGGGAGUACGAGUACACGGGAGAAGAGCCUAAGGAAGAGUUUGAGUAUAAAACAGCACUUUCAGAGGGGUGCAAAAUAAACCACAUAUUCACGCUGGUAAAGCACAAGGGGAGCGUAAACACUCUGCAGUUCAGCAGAGAUGGCAGGUAUUUGAUCACAGGCGGAGACACAGGCACAGUUUUUCUGUGGGAUAUGGAGAAGAUUCUUCAGAGCACAUCGAUGGAAGAGGACAAAAAGUACGAAGGACAGCCUGUUCUAGUAAGAGAAGCGGACAAUUCUGACAUCUACGAGGUAAAAUGGUUCAACGACAGGAUUAUAGUGGGAACAUCAACAGGAAGAGUGGAACAGUACACAAUAACACAUCCCAGCACAGGAGAAAACGAAAAGACAAGCGAAAAAGAAAGUGGAGACAAAGAAAAUAGUGCAAGCAAAGAGAAAAAAGCAAAUGCAUCAUCUGUGAAGAUUCGGGUGAUAGAAGAGUACGCGCCCACCGUUAUUGCCAAGUGCAUAUCAUCGAAACAGUCGCACAAAGACGUGGUGCAGGGAAUAGCAUGCACAGAUAAAAUAUUCGCUACCUUUGGGAACGACCGAGUUGUAAAAAUAUUCUCAGAAAGUGGAAAAAUAAUUCAGAAGCUCUCCAAGAGAUCGCUAAUAACCGACAAACACACGCUUUUCUUCAGAAGACUCUCUUUUACAGAAGACGGGUCUCUCUACUUGCCCUCAGGAGCGUACGAGGGAAAGCACACAGUUCAUCUUCUAUCUCCCCCAGGGUACACAGUAACACAGACGAUACAGGCGUUUCCAUCCUCCACUGUAUGCACACACUCUACAACCGAUUUUUUGGUUGUUUCAGAGGGCAGGAAUGUGUAUCUCUUUUCAAAGCCAGCACACACUCUUUUGUUUAGAAUCCUGGACUGCGCAUUCCUUCCCAUAACAGACAUAAAAACGAUUAGAGAAACGAGGGACUCUCUUUCGCUCAUUAUCUCGUCAAGCGACGGGUUUUUAACGAACAUUAUUAUUUUCUGCGGAGUAGAUUAA